AUGUCGCUUAUUCCACCACCAAACUUUGGAUUCGUGGAAAACGAUUUAUACAGAUCAGCAUUACCAACUCAAUCCAACUUUUCAUUUUUGCAAACUCUCAGACUCAAAACAGUUGUUUUUCUAUCACAAGAUCAACCAUCUUCGAUUUUUCUUGAAUUUAUUAAAGAACAGAAUGUCAACUUUUGCGCCUUAGCUAGUUCUGAUACUAUGGCUGCUGGUCAGAGGUUCUCAGAACAACUUGCGCUUGACGCAUUAAAAAUUAUUUUAAAUCCAGAUUCAUAUCCAGUCCUUGUCUGCUGCAAUCUUGGUAUUCAUAGAACAGGCUCUGUCAUUGGGUGCCUUAGAAAAGUACAGCGAUGGGCUCUAUCAGCUAUAUUUGACGAAUUUAGACGCUAUUACGGUAACGGUAAACCUAGUGGCAUACAUGAACAGUUUAUAGAAUUAUUCGAUGUUGAACUAGUCCCUAUUCCUGAUAAUAUUGAUAAGCUUCCUUUCAAGAUAAUAUUGCCCCAACAGAAAGAAGAACCAUCGAAGCAAGAGAAUAAUUUUGAAAAUAGAGUGGGAUCUCUACCUAGGAAAACGACUCGCGUUGGUUCUUUGCCUCUUGGUCAAAAGCAAUCCUCAAUUAUUUAA